AUGAUAUGGAAACCCCACACACAUGACAGAAUUGCCGAUGUCAUCGGCUGGGUGCAGACAGUCUUGCAAACAGGUCGUUUUCCCGAAUGCGAUUUCAAUGGCUCGAAGUGGCCCUCGAAUUCCAAGGAAGCUGAAAAAGCUGGAGAUUGGUUUGCAGGCGGCUAUCGCUUUGCCUUCUCUGCUUUCAAGGGUGACUGGGAGGCGAGGGUGACCGUUCACAAGCUACAGAGAUCAUACAACCACAACAACGUUUGUGAGCAUUGUGCAGCUACGAAGGUCCAGAACGAGUUCAAUUAUCGAAACUUUUCGCCAAGGGCGCCCUACUUGGAUGUAACUUUCACGCACAACGACUAUCUUCUCAUGACCCCGGACCAUUUACAGUCCCAUUGGAUUAACGUGCCCGGGUGGACGAAGGACAGGAACCUAGAGGAUUUGCUGCAUGUGCUACAUCAAGGGGUGGCCUGUUCAGUGAUUGCUGGUCUGGUGUGCGCGCAUGUUGAAGCGAAGUUUGGCGAAGUUCUGACGCUCAAAGGCUUGGAUGAUCAGUUGCAAGGACCAGUUUGGAAACACUACAAAAGCUGGUGUCGGGCUAAAAAAGUUCCGGGAUGUGGACACCGAUUCACGCUGACUAGAUUUGGCCGCGAUGCCUGGAAUGUGGCCCCUGAGUUGCAAAGUUGUUACAAAGCCUACACUGUCAAGAUGCUCAUUUACUGGUUGCACGCUUUUCUUGAAGAGUUCAAGGAUGAGGCCCCGGGGGGAUACACGCGUGCCCACACAUCAUAUGCGCUGGCCAAGAUGCAGCAUCUUUUUGACAAAAGUGGACCAUUUUUGGACAACAACGUGAAAGACGAUUCUGUAAGGCAUGGGAAAAUCUUUCUCCUGCUUUACCAGUCGCUGGCUGUAGCAAAUUUGGGAAACCCCAGGGUGAACUUCAAAGUGGUUCCGAAAUACCACAGCUUGCUUCAUUUGUUGCUUUACGUGGCGCGCACAUCCCGAAAUCCGAGGUACGAGCACUGCUAUCAAGACGAAGACCUGAUGCAACAAUUGGGUCGUAUCUGUUCCUCUUGCCACCCGAACACAAUGGGAAAGGUUGCAUCUAAUCGCUACAGAGCUUUGCUGGAGUUUGGCGAUGUGUUCUGA